UGUGUCUCUGGUGGUUUGCCUAAACCUACAAAUAUCAGCUUCUUAUCUGUCAACAUGAAGAAUGUCCUGCAUUGGAAGCCACCCCAGGGUCUACGUGGAGUUGAAGUCACAUACAUGGUGCAGUAUUUCAUAUAUGGGCAGAAGAAAUGGCUGAGUGCAUCUGAAUGCACCAACAUCAGCAGGACCUACUGCGAUCUCUCUGCAGAGACCUCAGACUAUGAGCAUCAGUACUACGCCAAGGUGAAGGCCAUUCAGGAAACCAAGUGCUCCGAAUGGGUUGAAACGGGACGGUUCUAUCCUUUCUUAGAAACACAAGUUGGCCCACCAGAGGUUGCCCUGACAAGUGGCGAGAAGUCCAUCUCUAUUGCCCUGACAGCGCCAGAGAAAUGGAAAAGACAUCCCACAGAUGACUCUGUUCCUAUGCAGCAAAUAUACUCCAAUCUGAGAUACAACGUGUCUGUGUACGACACUAAAUCCAGAAGAAGGUGGUCACAGUAUAUCACCAACAGCACACUGGUACUCAGCUGGCUGGAACCCAGCACUCUGUACUGUGUCCAUGUGGAGUCCUUUGUCCCGGGGCCUCCUCGCCUCACUCUGCCUUCUCAGAAGCAAUGCAUCAGAACUCUGGAAGAUCAAAUGUCAGCACUGAAGGUUAAAGUCAUCUUCUGGUAUGUCUUGCCCACAUCUGUAAUCGUCUUUCUUUUUUCUGUGAUUGGCUACUCAGUUUACCGUUACAUCCAUGUUGGCAAAGAAAAACACCCAUCGAAUUUGAUUUUGAUUUAUGGAAAUGAAAUUAAAAGAGUCUUUGAGCCUGCUGAAACAAUUACGCUUAAUUUUAUCACCCUCAAUGUGUUGGAUGAUUCUAAAAUUUCUCAAAAGGAUAUGAGCUUCCUGGAAAAAAGCAGCGAUGGUUCCAGCUUUAAUGACCCUGAGUUCAGUGAGAGCCAGGAGCCCCAUCUGGAGGAGACGGAGGGGCAGCACAUAGGAUACUCUUCGCAUUUGGUGGAUGUUGUCUGUAGUGCUGAGCAAAGAGACAAAAAUGGUCUCCUAGCCCAUCACGAAUGGCUCAGCAGCACCAUGCCCACAGGGGAGGCAGACGCUGAACAUGAGUAUGGUAUCCCAACUGAUUUCUACAGGCAGGCCGAAGACCACCAGUCCUGUGGGCAGGACGAGGCAUCCAGAGCAGGAGAAUUAUCUGAGCCUCAGGCAGCUUUAGCAAACUUGGGCCCACCUCUUGAAGACCUACAUCCCCUGGGACAGGAGCAUCCUGGCUCAGAAGAGGGGCCAGAGGAAGAGCCGUCCACAACACUGGUGGAUUGGGACCCUCAAACUGGCAGGCUGUGCAUCCCUUCCUUCCCUAGCUUUGGCCAGGAUCCUGUGGACUACGGACAUUGUGAGAGAGACCAGCUCUCAGAGGAUGGUCUUUUGUCCAGAUUCUAUGAGAACCAGGCACCUGACAAGCCAGAGGACGAAAAUGAAAACUAUCUCGUACAAUUUAUGGAGGAAUGGGGGUUACACGUACAAAUGGAAAGCUAAACCCGGACUUCCUGUUGACUUGACGUCUCCAGUGACAGGGCACGCACCUGUCAACAAAUGAAUGAACCAUUCCAGUGAGUGAACCAUGGAGACGAGUAGGUCAACCUGUGUCCAGAUUCCCAGUGUCAGGCAUGACUUUCCUGUCUCUGUUCAUGCACUUGGUCGGCCCUGCCUCCUCCAGGUGGUUGACUUCUACAGGACCAUCGUCCCAAUCCAUAGCAAAUCCUGGAGUACAGGAACUUUCUGGAAUACAGGGCCCUGAGCUGUGUUGUAGACAGAGUAGGCAUCUCCAAGUUGGAUGGAGACUUUCUACAGAGCUUGCACUGUGGACAUGGUUUAUUAUUUUCUAACAAGUAUACCUAUAGUACAGUUAUUUUCUAGAUUUUUAUCAUAUGUAUGUACCACGGUAAAAAUGUUUCAUAAAAGUCAUUUAUUUUAUAAACACCUUUUUUUCUAGAAUUUGUUGAUUAUGAGAAUGUUAGGACACUUCAAAACACACCUGUGCCACUAAAUGGAGGGAGAGUGGUUUACAUAUAGAGAACUCAACUCACUGUUUAGUCAUGAUAAUCCAUGUUCAAAAUGAGCCAAUCAGGUCAGCCUUUGUGCGUCUGUCUUCUGUAAGGGGCGGUGUUUAUCAGUUUUUGAGCAGCAGAUCUGGAGUGUGAGCUUAAGUGGCUAUUCCUUUGUAGUCAGGAAAAUACCCGCUCAAUAAUUUAGUAGGAACCAUUGUUGCCCGAAAGACCUGCCACAUUUUAUAAUAGAAUACCAUACUUAUUUGGGUACAUGUAUUGAUAAAAAUAUACUUACAUAACUGUAAACUAGCAAUGUUCCAUGGUUGAAAUGCUGAAUCACUAAUUAAUUGACUAAGGGGCAGUCAAUACUGCAAAGUCUCUUAGGAAAAUGUGUGAAUGAAUAUGACCUCACCACAUAAUAGUAAAAUCAGUAGUAAGUAAACACUGGGCAUAGAAAAGCAAGUUAAAUGAAUAUGUGAGGAAGGGUUUAUUAAAGUUUGACGCCGUUUAUUGUGGGAAGUGAAGUACAUCAUAAAACACCUUCCUGGCAAUCCAGUAACUACCCAGCGUCUUCCCUACUUAAUUAAAUUCUACAUCACACUACAUUAAACACGACAGAAUCUAUAAAGUUGAACCAUGAAAGACGGUUGGUGUUUCAAUGUUUUAGACCUACAGAAACAUCAACGUUUUAUGUAUUUGUUUAAUUAUAAACUCAGUCCACAGAGUCUCUUUCAGGAAGACAGAUAUGAUCCUAUUUCCUUAGUCAUAUGCUUGGCAGAAGCAGACAGCCCUGGUAGAAG